UCCCUCUUAUCUAUCUGGCCACUUUGGUGCUUGUGUGUUUCCAGGAUCCUCCCUUAUUCCGUCGUGACAGCGUUUCUGGUGAUUUUAUCCAAUCCAUGGGAUAUUGGACAGCAUGUGUUUCGUCUUUCUCCCUCGGUGAUGAAUGAUUUGUGUGAAAACAUUGCUCGCGAUCCGCCGCCGCCGCUGCUGUGAUGAUGGAGAGGCGGUGCGUGUCAGAGCGGGGCGGCUAGAGGCCCAGCAAAGCCCCGCGCUGGAUUUACAGCCCUGAACGAGUGACUGUACACCAACAGCGGAUUACCUCACAACAACUCUCCGGUGAAGAAGAGGUUGGAGGUUUUUUUUCCGCUGUUAAAGAUUGUGAGGACUACACAUCAUGCCUCCAAGACCCUCCUCAGGGGAACUAUGGGGCAUCCAUUUGAUGCCCCCCAGGAUUCUGGUAGACUGUCUAUUGCCCAAUGGCAUGAUCUUGACACUAGAGUGCCUCCGGGAGGCCACCCUCAUCACAAUCAAACACGAACUGUUUAAGGAGGCAAGGAAGUACCCCCUCCACCACCUGCUGCAGGAGGAGACAUCCUAUAUUUUCGUCAGUGUAACGCAAGAGGCGGAGCGUGAGGAGUUCUACGAUGAGACGAGAAGACUUUGUGACCUUCGGCUGUUCCAGCCCUUUCUAAAGGUCAUAGAACCUGUAGGGAACAGAGAGGAAAAAAUCCUCAACAGAGAAAUCGGUUUUGCCAUCGGCAUGCCGGUGUGCGAGUUUGAUCUAGUGAAGGAUCCUGAGGUGCAGGACUUUAGGAGAAAUAUUCUUAAUGUCUGCAAAGACUCAGUAGAGCUGCGAGAUGCCACUGGGUCACACAGUCGAGCGCUGUAUGUUUAUCCUCCUAACGUGGAGUCUUCAUCAGAGCUUCCAAAGCAUAUAUAUGGCAAAUUAGACAAAGGUCAAAUCAUUGUGGUCAUCUGGGUGAUCGUCUCUCCCAACAACGACAAGCAAAAGUACACACUAAAGAUCAAUCACGACUGCGUACCUGAGCAGGUGAUCGCUGAAGCCAUCAGGAAGAAGACCAGGAGCAUGCUGCUGUCCGCCGAACAACUAAAGAUGUGCGUGCAAGAAUAUCAAGGCAAAUACAUCCUGAAAGUCUGCGGCUGUGACGAGUAUCUGUUGGAAAAGUACCCCAUUAGUCAGUACAAGUAUGUACGGAGUUGCAUUAUGCUGGGUCGGUUGCCAAACCUCAUGCUUAUGUCCAAGGACAGUCUUUACUCUCAGCUGCCUAUGGACAACUUCACCAUGCCCUCCUACGCCCGCCGCAUCUCCACCGCCACGCCUUACAUGAACGGAGAGGCCUCCACCAAAUCACUCUGGACCAUUAACAGCACUCUAAGGAUACGCGUCCUUUGUGCCACAUACGUUAAUGUGAAUAUUCGGGACAUUGACAAGAUUUAUGUGCGGACAGGGAUCUACCAUGGUGGAGAACAGUUGUGUGAUAAUGUCAAUACACAGCGUGUGCCGUGUUCAAACCCAAGGUGGAACGAGUGGCUGACCUAUGACAUGUACAUUCCCGACAUCCCUCGGGCAGCUCGCCUCUGUCUCUCCAUCUGCUCUGUGAAAGGAAGGAAGGGGGCAAAAGAGAACAGCAGACUCGCGCGAGACCACGCCAUGACGGAGGCUGAUAUAGAGCAACUUCGUCAGCUGGGCAACAGGGACCCGCUUUCUGAGAUCACUGAGCAGGAAAAAGACUUCUUAUGGAGACACAGGCAGUAUUGUGUAAAUAUUCCAGAAAUUCUGCCCAAGAUUCUUCUGGCGGUGAAGUGGAAUUCUAGGGAUGAAGUUGCACAGAUGUAUUGCCUUCUUAAAGACUGGCCCGCAAUAAAGCCGGAACAAGCCAUGGAGUUGCUUGACUGUAACUAUCCUGAUCCAAUGAUCCGAGACUUCGCAGUUCGGUGCCUUGAGAAGUAUCUGACUGAUGAUAAACUCUCGCAGUACCUCAUUCAGUUGGUUCAGGUUUUGAAGUAUGAGCAGUAUCUUGAUAACCCACUUGUGCGAUUUCUGCUGAAAAAAGCUCUUACCAACCAGAGGAUUGGGCACUUCUUCUUUUGGCAUUUGAAGUCAGAAAUGCACAAUAAAACCGUGAGUCAGCGGUUUGGUCUGCUACUGGAGUCGUACUGUCGGGCAUGUGGCAUGUACCUGAAGCACCUGAGCAGACAGGUGGAAGCCAUGGAGAAGCUCAUCAACCUCACAGACAUUCUCAAACAGGAGAAGAAGGAUGAAACUCAGAAGGUGCAAAUGAAGUUCCUGGUGGAGCAGAUGAGGCGACCAGACUACAUGGAUGCCCUCCAAAAUUUCACCUCUCCACUCAACCCCGCCCACCAGCUGGGUAAUCUACGACUUGAAGACUGCAGAAUCAUGUCCUCUGCCAAGAGACCACUGUGGCUGAACUGGGAAAAUCCUGACAUCAUGUCCGAACUUCUCUUCCAAAACAAUGAGAUCAUCUUCAAGAAUGGGGAUGACCUGCGGCAAGACAUGCUGACACUACAGAUCAUCAGAAUAAUGGAGAACAUUUGGCAAAAUCAGGGGCUGGACCUGAGAAUGCUCCCCUAUGGCUGCUUGUCUAUCGGAGACUGCGUGGGUCUCAUUGAGGUGGUGAGAAGUUCCCACACCAUCAUGCAGAUUCAGUGUAAAGGUGGUCUAAAAGGUGCACUUCAGUUUAACAGUUCAACGUUGCAUCAGUGGCUAAAGGACAAGAAUAAAGGCGAGAUGUACGACAUGGCCAUCGACUUGUUUACACGAUCCUGCGCUGGCUAUUGUGUGGCUACUUUCAUUCUGGGCAUCGGUGACAGACACAACAGUAACAUCAUGGUGAAGGAUGAUGGGCAGCUGUUUCAUAUAGAUUUUGGUCACUUUUUGGACCACAAGAAGAAGAAGUUUGGCUACAAGCGAGAGCGAGUGCCGUUUGUCUUAACUCAAGACUUCUUAAUUGUGAUCAGCAAAGGAGGAACCCAAGAGUGCACUAAAACCAGAGAGUUUGAGAGGUUCCAGGAGAUGUGCUACAAGGCUUACUUGGCUAUCAGACAGCAUGCCAACCUUUUCAUAAAUCUCUUCUCCAUGAUGCUGGGCUCAGGCAUGCCAGAGCUGCAGUCCUUCGACGACAUCGCUUACAUCCGAAAGACCCUGGCACUGGACAAAACAGAGCAGGAGGCCCUAGACUAUUUCAUGAAGCAGAUGAAUGACGCUCACCAUGGUGGAUGGACCACCAAGAUGGACUGGAUCUUUCACACCAUCCGACACCAUGCCCAAAACUGAGCCGACACAGAUCCCAGCCACUGGUGGAAUUUGGGGCUGGAUAACAGGCAGAAACAAGACCCUUUUUGUAGGAAGCACUGCCUGUUUUAUGCCAUGAAGAAUCAGAGCACCCAAACCUCAUGUACAAACGACCUUCAGAGCACUAAAACAACCUGGAAGGACAUGUUUUUUGUCCUCUUCUUGUUUAUUUUUUUCCUUCUCAUAUGAGGCAUCUCUUGCCCAUCAUUGUCCAAAGUGGUUGUACAUUAUAGCUGGAGUUUUGUCCUUCGGGUUUUUUUUUUCUCUCUCCCCAUUGUGCUGCUCUUCUCCUGGAGAGUCAAUUCUUCUUCUUAUCAUUAUUACAUAUUACAAUUUUUUCUGCGGAAAACAAAACGUUCUGCACUCUUCAGGAGCUUUUGUGGGGAUGUUCAAGUCUUCCUGUUUAAAACUACAAAUGCCUUCUAAUAUGCACGGAACCUCUGAGAACACUAGAAAAACAGGGUAUGAAACUUUCUGGUCUGCUACCUGGCCUUUCCUCUCAAAACCAACACUAAACCUCCCGAAAGGCAGCCGAGGCGUAGCAGUACGAAUCUGAUGGUGCUGAUUUUCAAAUUGCGCUCUUGUUCUUUGAGUUCAGUUGGCCACACAGGUCUUUAUAAUAGACAGAUGAUAAGGUUUUGUUCUCUUUUCUUCCUUAUAUGCACAGCGAGCUAAAAUGAUAGCCUGAAUACCUUAUUAUGCACUGGACGUUAAUAUAUUUUUAUUUCCUUUUUAUUAUGAACUCACAUUUUGGCCUCACAGUAGCACUACACGAAUCUUGUACUCCUUAUACAGACUUUUCAGAGACAUCGGUAACGACAUGGUUUGUGUUCUCAAUAUGCUCGUAACUCACUACACAAUAACAGUGCAGAUCCUCCAUGAUGGAAAGAAAUAUUCAUGUUAGGACUACAAUAUGGUUUUUUUGAUGGCCAGUACUGAUGGUGAUGUCAGCCAAUUCGAUGGGUUUAAAAUAGUCAUAUAUUGGCAAAUUAAUCAGCCUGGCUGAAAUAUAGCGGUUUAUCACUAAUUAGGACAUAUAUUUUCAUUUUUAUUCCUCAAUAUCAAUGGUGUUUUUCCAGUUCCAGUGUGCGAAACAUCACGGGAAUCCAGGUUAUCGGCUCUCUGUGUUUUCUUGGUUGUCCAGUGCGAUUGAGCAGCGCAGAAUAACGAUUGUCCUACCAGAUGCCCUGGCAGCGUGCAGAUAUGAAGCCUUAAUACACUCGCUUA